ACCCAAUCACAGGCCUCGGAGGCUGUCAACAUCACCGGCCUGAGAGGAAGUGUUUACCUCCGCCCUGACGUGCCAUAAAUUCCCACUUUUUCCUUUUUUCCGCCGCUAUCAUGACGGGCCGCCUGCCGCCAUGCAUCGUGGACGUGGGCACGGGGUACACCAAGCUGGGAUUCGCUGGCAACCAUGAGCCCCAGAUGAUCAUCCCCUCAGCCGUGGCUAUCAAGGAGACUGCCAAGGUGGGGGAGCAGUCGCAGCGCCGUCUCUGCAAGGGCGUGGAGGACCUGGACUUCUUCAUAGGGGACGAGGCCAUGGACGCUACGGGCUAUGCUAUUAAGUACCCAGUGAGACAUGGUAUAGUUGAGGACUGGGACCUGAUGGAGAAAUUCAUGGAGCAGUGCAUUUUCAAGUACCUUCGAGCAGAGCCUGAGGACCACUACUUCCUGCUGACAGAACCUCCACUCAACACACCAGAGAACAGGGAAUACACAGCAGAGAUCAUGUUUGAGUCUUUCAAUGUGCCGGGGCUGUACAUUGCGGUGCAGGCCGUUCUGUCGCUGGCUGCCUCCUGGGCAUCGCGGCAGGCCACAGAGCGCUCCCUCACCGGCACCGUCAUCGACUCGGGCGACGGCGUAACGCACGUCAUCCCUGUGGCAGAUGGGUAUGUCAUUGGGAGCUGCAUCAAGCACAUCCCCAUCGCUGGCCGGGACAUCACCUACUUUGUCCAGAGCCUGCUGAGGGAGCGUGAGCCUAACAUCCCCCCGCAGCUCAGCAUGGAGACCGCCAAGGCUGUCAAGGAGCGGUUCAGCUACAUCUGCCCGGACAUCGCGAAGGAGUUCAACAAGUACGACAGCGACCAGACCAAGUGGAUCAAGAGAUAUGACGGCAGGAACCCAGUCAACAAUCAGACCUUCUCCAUCGACAUUGGCUACGAGAGGUUCCUGGGGCCUGAAAUAUUCUUCCACCCGGAGUUCGCCAACCCGGACUUCACCACGCCCAUCAGCGAAGUGGUGGACAAUGUCAUCCAAAACUGCCCCAUUGACGUCCGGCGACCGCUCUACAAGAACAUCGUGCUCUCGGGAGGCUCCACCAUGUUCAAGGACUUCGACAGGAGGCUGCAGCGCGAUGUCAAGAGGAUUGUGGAUGCUAGACUUAGGAUCACGGAACAGCUCAGUGGUGGCAGGAUCAAGCCCAAGCCGAUCGACGUCAAUGUCAUCGCCCACAAGAUGCAGCGGUACGCCGUCUGGUUUGGGGGGUCAAUGCUCGCCUCAACGCCUGACUUCUACCAGGUUUGUCACACCAAGGCAGAGUACGAGGAGAAGGGUCCCAGCAUCUGCCGCCACAACCCAGUGUUUGGAGCCAUGGCCUAGGCGCUGCCCCUCACACACGCCCCCAGUGGAGUUGUUACAUAGGGAGAGAGAUCUUGGAGGAUAUGUAGUUACACGGCCUUCCUGUUAUAGUGUGUGUGUGUGUGUGUGUGUGUAUUUGGGAGAGAGAGAGGAGCGAGAGAGAAAGAUCAAGGUUGUUUCUGUGAGAGGAGUUGAUUAAGUCUGUUGUGUGUGUGUGUGUGUUUGGAAGAGAGAGGGAGAGAGAGACCUUGUUUACAUGCGAUCAACUGAUUCAUUCCGCCGUGCAAAAUGAUUUUUCGCAUUUUGAUUUCCGCUCAACGCCACUCCACCAUCCGUUCCCUGCAUAGUGUCGUCAAAAACAGCGUAAAACAGCGACUCCCGUGCCCGGAGUUUCCGUUUGACUGUCACUGUUGGUGAUUUUUAUGCUUAAGAAUUUUGUUGCGCGAGUAUUUCCUAAGUAAAUCUUUGAGGGAAUUUGAUUUUUGAUAUAUUUUUGGGCACGAAAUCCUCUGGGAACCGAUUUUCUUGAUGUGUUUUUCACUGCCAGGAUUAUUAUACACGUGACCAGGGAGGGAGAGAGCCUGAGGGACACUGGAGGGAAGGGAAGAAAACUUGGAACUGUGAAAAAAUUGGAAGGUUCUUGAUCUUGCUAAUUAAUGCACAGGGCACCUGUACAGGUGCAUGACAAGCACUUCUAUAUAUUCUUCAAUCUGUCAUAUAAGUGUCCCUCAGUCUGCCUCUGUCUGGAGAUCACUGGUGCUGUUGCUUGUUAGGUUAUCAUUAUAUUUAUUACUAUUGUCAUUUUUAUUAUUAUUAUCAUUAUUAUUAUUAUUAUUAUUAUUAUUAUUAUUACUAUUGGGUAUUAUUGUUAUUGCCAUUCUAUAUCAUUGUCUUUUCCUUUUUCAUGAGUAUCUUCCUUCUUGGCUAUUUAGAUAUGGUUCCUCUGUAAUGAUAUGUUAAAGUAAAAACAAACUGAUUCCUUUACUAAUUAUUUACUGUUAAGGGGCGAUCAUAUGUUUUUACCGAGCUUGAAGUGUCGUAAGGGAAGCGUAACUAUUAUAAUUUUUUUUUUAUAUAGUUUAUGUGUGUGUGUCCUGCGGACUUUAAAAUAAUCUUGUACUUUCCAUUAUCGUUAAAAUAUUGUAUACCUGCUUA